AGCGGACCCCAGGCCGCGGCGGUGGAAGCGGCCGAGGGAUCCCCCGAUGCCAGCCGGUCCUCGCCGUACCCCGUCCCGGGUUCUCUCCCGCUCUUCUGCAACCCCAGCCCCCGGACCGCUCCCCGCACCCGCCGCGCGCCUCCCCCUGCGCACCCGUCCUCCGCCCUCCCCCACUCCCCGCCCUCCGCGGCGCGGCUCUCACGCGCAGCAGAAUUCGGCGCCGCCUCCGUCAGAGCCGAGCCGGCGGCUCCGCGGAGCAGCAGCAGCCUCUGCCGCCGCCGCCGGGCCUUCCGUGUCCCCUCCCCGUCCCGCCCCCCAGUCCCCGGCGCCCGGUCCCCCCUCCCCACCCUCCUUCCGUCCUCCAUCCCGCCCUCCCGCUCCGCUCUCCCUCUGGCUGCAGCCCGACCCGGCCCGCCAGCCGGGCCGGCAGGAGGGCGGCGGCGGCGGCACGACCAUGAGCUUUGAGGGCGACCACGGCGGCAGUCGGUGUCGCGGGGCGGAGAGCGGGGACGCCGAGCCGCCGCCUCCGCCUCCCUCGCCGCCGCCGCCCGAGAGCCGCCCCGUGCCCGCGCCCCGCGGUACCGCCGCCGCUGCCCGUCCCCCGAGGGCGCCGCCGGGCCGAGCGAGCCGCCGGGGAGGUGGCCCCGCGGCGCCGGGCGCGGACGAACUGCCUCCGCCGCCGCCGCUGCCCCUGCUGCCCGCCGGCCAGGAGGCGUGCGCGGCGGCCGGCGACUCCGCGGAAGGUCCGAGGCGCCUCCCGGAGUCGGCGGACCCCGAGGCGGCGGCGGCGGCGAAGGGCGGCCCCGGGGAGCCCGAGGCCAGCGCCAGCGGGGAGGGCGAGCGGCGGGGCGCCGGCGACCAGCCCGAGACGCGCUCGGUGUGCAGCAGCCGCAGCAGCAGCAGCAGCAGCGGCGGCGGCGACCAGCGCUCUGGGCACCAGCACCAGCACCACCAGCCCAUCUGCAAGAUCUGCUUCCAGGGCGCCGAGCAGGGUGAGCUGUUAAAUCCCUGCCGAUGUGAUGGGUCAGUCCGAUAUACACAUCAGCUGUGCCUGCUAAAGUGGAUCAGUGAGAGAGGUUCCUGGACCUGUGAACUCUGUUGUUAUAGAUACCAUGUCAUAGCCAUUAAAAUGAAACAACCGUGCCAGUGGCAAAGCAUUUCUAUAACACUGGUUGAGAAAGUUCAGAUGAUUGCUGUAAUCCUAGGAUCCCUGUUCUUGAUAGCGAGUGUGACUUGGCUCCUCUGGUCAGCCUUCAGCCCCUAUGCAAUGUGGCAGAGGAAGGACAUCCUUUUUCAAAUCUGCUAUGGAAUGUAUGGUUUUAUGGAUCUAGUGUGCAUAGGUCUUAUUGUCCACGAAGGAGCUGCAGUUUACAGGGUUUUCAAGCGCUGGCGAGCUGUUAACUUGCACUGGGAUGUAUUAAACUACGACAAAGCCACAGACAUCGAGGAAAGCAGCCGGGGAGAGUCUUCCACAAGCAGGACUUUGUGGUUGCCAUUGACAGCUCUGCGGAACAGAAACUUGGUCCACCCAACGCAGCUAACCUCGCCCCGGUUUCAGUGCGGGUACGUGUUAUUGCAUCUGUUCAAUCGGAUGAGGCCCCAUGAAGAUUUGUCAGAAGAUAACAGCUCGGGGGAGGUUGUGAUGAGAGUGACUUCCGUGUGACAAAAGCAUAAAAUGAUGCAGCGUGGACCACCCUGCACCUUUUGGAAUGUAAUUGCAAUGAAUGGUGAAACCACAGCACUUCUAAAAACAAACAUCUAUGAACUUUUUAAAAUUUAUGCUUUUUAUAUGAACAUUUGAAUUGCAAAUACAUUUUUCUGAAAAAAAAAAGAGUCCUCUUGUUCUUUGUUUUCCAAUUUGUCACAUCUUUUAUGAGUUGGCACUUGAAAUCAUUAUGCAUAUAAUUUAACUCUACUUGGUUAAAAGAAUGAUGAGAGUUAUCCUUCAGGCGAAAACUAUUUUUUUCCUGCUCGUUUUAAAUAUAUUUUUAUCAAACGUUU